AUGGUGUUCCUCCGACUUUCAAUCAAAGUCUUCCCGCCGGAUCAGCUGAACUCGAGCUCCAGCUACGGCAGGACCUUGCCUGACGCACGAAAGACUACCAACGAUGACUCCAGCCAGGAACCGACAUUGAAGAAACCUGGUGUUUUCUUGCUUGUCCUUGAGCACCCCGAAGAGGUUUCGCUCGGCGGACUUGCGGACAUGAUUCAAGAGCAUUGGGGAAAGCUCCACCCAGAGCUGGAAUCGCUUUCGAUCAAAAAGAUUCUCGACGAUACGAAGGAGGACCUCGAUCUUUAUCCCGAGCUGACUGUUGCGGAUGUCUGGGUCGACUACGGGAAAGCUCGCGCCGAUGGCCUUGACCAGCGUGGCUCCGUUCGCGUUCUUCAAAAGCCUGCCGCGGCUGCCCCGGAGCGAUUCCCCUCUGUCGAGCAGGAUUGGGAUGCUGCUAUUGUUGCCUACAAACGCAAGCGCGCCAUGGAGGCUAAGAAGGAAGCCAUGGAAGCCCAAUUCCCUGCCAUCCAGGAAGAAGAUGAGGAGAGCAACGGCCAAUCCUCGCGCGGUCACUCUCAAUAUCUUUCCCAAGAUCACACCCAAUGGGAAAAUUCGUCUGGAUCGCCCAAUAAUACCCCUCGUGUCUCGGCUCGGAAGUCACCUGUUGAACACCGCCAUCGCGAUUUACCUCUUUCUUCUGUUGAAACCGGCAACCGCUCUACCCCUCAGCUACCAGCGAAGUCCGUAGGCCCUACAAUUGCUGGCACGCCGCCUCCCAGGCACGAAAGCGAGGAGCUGGGCGAGUCUCCAUCACCAGCCGAACGACGAGCAUCCAGCGCUAGAUCCCAGCCUACAGCUGCACCUGUAGCUGCUGGGUCACCACUGCAACCUAAUCCGCAAAGGCUCGUAAAGUUACCCAUUGCGAGUAGUACAGCUAAGCGAACAAUCACGCAAAUCCCUGACGACGCUGAAUCCCCACCCAUGUCGUCGGCGCCUAACCAUAUCAUUCCCCACCAACAAACACAAUCUACCAAGGAAGCUACCGCGAGCUCGACUGACGUGGCACCAGAGUCUGCUCCGCAACAUAACGUGAAAAUACCAUCCAAGUCGGACAUGACCAAUGGAGUCAACGCACAAGGGCAUCUGGCGACAGUGGCUAGGAUUGUAUCCCACCCGCAGAAAUCUCAAGCGGAAACUGUGGUCGAGACCUCCAGUGAGGAGUCGGACGAAGAGGAGAGUGACAGCGAGGAUGACAAGGUCGAAGCGGAGAAAAAGAAGAACGCCGAGCAGGAUCAGAGGAAAACAGAAUAUCAGACUAUUUCUGACACUUCUGACACUUCUGACAGCUCUGAUAGCUCUGGUAGCUCUGGUAGCUCUGAUAGCUCUGAGUCCGAGUCUGACUCGGACUCUGACGCCAGCGAAGAGAAUGGACCUAUCACGUCUCAAAUUGAUAACUCGAAUCCGAUCACUGGGGAUGUGAUUGAUCUAGAGGGCGAUUCACAGAUGGAAGAGCCUGUGAUUCCCGGGAGCUUCCAGUCCUCAGAUCUGGAUCUCGCGAUGUCAACAACAAACGGUACAACCCAUGAGAAUCGAUCUCGCAAGCGAAAGCAGGCCUCCGAAGAGCCAACGUCGGUCAAAGAAGCUCGCCAAGGACAGGCCUAUCCCUCGACGCGGCCAACAUCUACCCCUCCUGUGUCCGUGCCCGCGGCCAUUGUGGCCUCUGAACAGGCUCGGCAGUCCCCAUCGAAACCGCCACCUGCCCAAACGAGUCCACUUCGCAGACGAUCCCGUGCGCCUUCUUUCUCGAGCCCAGCUCGACAAGCCAGUGUUCGAGAGGAGAACAAAGCGCCUCCUAAACCUCCUCGAUCUGGAAUUGGGCUGGGAAUUACGCAGAGCCCUCCUAGCAAGCAGCCCGUCAGCCUACAAGAAUCAAACGUAACACCUACCCAGCAGACACUCGGUGGGCCACUUUUCCCAAGUGGCAAAGUUUCUGUUACUGAUGAGUCUUCUUUAACUGCUGUUAACAAACAUACUCCUGCGAUUGACAGAACAAAAAAGCUGCAAUCCGCUAUCCGUGGUAAGGAUUCCCCGGCAACGGAGAGGCGAUCCGUGUCUUUCGCCGAAGGAGAGGAACUUGCUUCUAGCUUGAAUCCCGCUCCACGCUCCACUCCGCGCGAGACUGCGAUUAGCACAUCCACCUCCACUACCAACAACCCUACCCCACGGAAGGCUACACAUAAGGCAAAUUCUACUCAACAGACGCCCACGCCCAAUGUCAAAUCUACUCUGGGAACACCUUCGACCUCCAAACCUAGCCAAGCCACGCCUAAGACCAAUGACGAUAACCAAACACCCAAAUCCGCUUCCGGGCAUGUUCAGGAAAUACCAUCCAGUAGUCAAGUGGUCUACCCGCCCGGCUUUGAUAUCGACCAGUUGACCCGGGAAAUUGAGAUCGAAAAGAAGGCUAAGGCACACUCUAGGGCCGAGGAGACAAAACAAAAGAAAAGGGAAAGGGAGGAGGAAGAAGAAAUAAAGCGCAAGCUUGGGAAAGCCUUUGAUCCCAAGCUUACUUUCAUUUUAACUGAGAUGCAGGAACUCUUGCAGAAAUUAGCCAACUCUAGGCUCGCAAUGGUUAGGCGAAAGUCACUCCGCGACCGACUUGAUACCUUGCGUAAUGAACUGAAAGCCUGUGAACAGAAGCUGGAGGCGCAAAAGUCCACACCUCGGGCAGUUGUUGCAAAGAAAACGAAUCCAACACUCAAGGAUAUCCUUAGCAGCCAACAACAGGAAAUGGCUGCUAAGCUGCGACCUGAGCCGAAGUCUGCCCGAGAUCGCCCCAGUAAUGUAUACGAGGUGCCUAGCUCCGGCAAAUCUGAGUCUGGCGAUGAUAGCAGGAGCGAGAGUGAUUCGGGGGACAUUAUGGCCAGCGGCCAGUUAACCAAACUGCCCAAGUCCUUUGCUCAGCGGGCGAAUAAAGAUGCCGGUUCUUCUUUUUAA